UUUGCAGACUUUGUUAACUAUGUCUUUCUCAUGUUAAUCGUGUAUUCCUGUGUGUUUUCUGCAUUUAUUUGUAUUGUUUACAGCUCAACAUGCAUGUAGCUACAAGCUGAGAUUGCACAAUCUUGAAAGCCCGCCCAGCUCAAGUAGCUUCUUAACUUGUACCUAACUUCCUAAAAGUGAAAGUAGACUUCCUCCAACUCUUCGGACUCAGCAAGCUAAUGUGCAUUUUGUGAUAACAAAGAAUGACAGCUAUUGAAGUCCAGGGAAACCCACAGACCUCAAGACCUUGCAGGUCAGUGGGUCUUUUUAACAACAUCAAGUUUUUUGUACUGUGUCACGGGAUGCUACAGCUUGCUCAGCUCCUGGUGUCUGGCUAUCUGAAAGGCUCUAUAACCACCAUUGAGAAAAGAUAUGGAUUUUCAAGUCAGAAAUCAGGACUGCUGGCAGCCUUUAAUGAGGUGGGAAACACAGUUCUCAUCGUGUUUGUAAGUUUCUUUGGGAGCCGUGUGCAUCGACCCAGAUGUAUUGGAAUUGGAGCGAUGAUCGCAAGUGUGGGGGUGUUCCUUAUAGCCCUACCUCACUUCAUUAGCGAGAAUUACAUUUAUACAGGCUACAAUAGCAGCACCAAAGACAACAGUUCAGGUCUUUGCAAAUCACAGAACAUCUUCCCUGAGAAAGAAUAUAAGCAGACAUGUGAUCAAGAAAAGUCUGAUUCUCACCUUGGAGUGUAUCCAAUACUUCUACUGGGGCAAUUACUGCUUGGCAUUGGGGGUGUCCCCAUACAACCUUUUGGCAUUUCCUACAUAGAUGAUUUUGCAGAAAAGAGAAAUUCUCCCUUCUACCUAGGCAUACUUUUCGCACUUACUGUAAUUGGGCCUGCAUUUGGCUACAUGAUGUCAUCUGUGUUCCUUCGUUUCUAUGUUGACAUCGAUAAGAUGUUUUCAAGUAAUACAGAUAUUUUGGAAAAUGAUGACCCCAGAUGGGUUGGCGCUUGGUGGUUGGGAUUUCUGAUGGCUGCCACCCUCCUUCUACUGACUUCUUUGCCAUACUUGUUUUUCCCAAGGAAGAUGUCUAGAGAGGAAAUUGUAGAGGCUCCUGUUGAGCCAUCCACAGAAAAAAUGAUGGAGGAAAAGCCCAAAACUGAAACAAAGGAAGAGGUCUCUCUCACAGAGUUCCUAAAAAGUUUCCCCAAAAUUGUAAUGAGGACUCUAAGGAACCCAAUUUAUUUGUUGGUAGUGUUGGCUCAAGUGAAUCUUGCUGCCAUGGUUGCAGGACUGGCCACUUUUAUGGGAAAAUUUAUUGAGAGGCAGUUUGCACAGACUGCCUCCUUUUCUAAUAUGAUGAUGGGUGGCUUAAAUAUUCCUUCAGCCAUGUUAGGUAUAAUGGCUGGAGGGGUUAUACUACGCAAGUUGGGUCUGACUGUGAAAUCCUCAGCGGCGAUGUGUACGGUGGCGGUUUUACUUAGCGUUGUGUUCGCAAUUCCACUUCUCUUCAUUGGCUGCUCCACACAAAAUGUUUCUGGCAUCAACUACAAUUUAUCUUCUCAGCACUGUAGCAUUGAAUGUUCCUGUUCUGAUGAAGCCUUCAACCCUGUGUGUGGCUCAGAUGGAGUGGAAUUUCGCUCUCCCUGUCAUGCAGGAUGUAAAAGAGUAGUGUCUAAUAAAGAGAAAGGCUGGAACUACACAGAUUGUGAAUGUGUGGCAUCAGUUGGCUCUCCAGGCUAUGCGGUUACAGGACCAUGUGGAAAUAAGUGUAGUAAUCAGCUCAUUCCCUUCAUGAUCCUGUCCUCCAUUACAUGCUUUGUGGCUUCACUUUCCCACACUACAUCUUUUAUGAUGAUCCUCAGGACUGUGACUCCAGAAGACAAAUCUUUUGCCUUGGGAAUUCAGUUCAUGCUGUUUCGAGUGCUUGCAUUCCUUCCAGCUCCAGUUCUGUAUGGUCGUGCCAUUGAUACCGCAUGCAUUCUGUGGGGAAAGACAUGCAAUAAGACAACAUCAUGUAGCUACUAUGAUUUAGACCUUUUUAGACACAGAUUCCUGGGACUCCAGAUAUUCUUUAUAUUUGGUGGUUUUGUCUUUUUUUUUCUGUCUUUUUUGAUACUUAGAAGAACAAACUCAAUGCAGGAACAAAAUGAGAGCGUGAGCAAUCAGACCAAAAGUGAAAGUUCUUAAGAAAUGAAAGAUGCCAGACUGAUGUUGAACAAAUGAAAUGGCACUGCAAUGCACAACAAAUUCUUAUAGAGUAAAACAGAUACAAGUAGAGCUAUGGUUUUUUUGUGAGGUCGAAGUUUAGUAAAGCUUAAGAAAACUGGAGUUUCUCAGCUUACCGUAAGUGCAAAUACUUAAAUAGGCCAAGCUUAACACAGAGUAAAACCAGACUGUGAACACACUCAUUUCUGCAAAAAGUUGCAGAGAGCCAAACAUAUUUAUGCAAUGAAAUAAUGUCUACUUUAAAAUACAUAAUAUCGUUUAUGUAUUAGUUCUGCCAGUAAGCCUUUUUUUACUUCUUUUUGGAGUUUAUAUAUUUUGUCUGUAAGCAGCAAUCAUUUGUAUUUUACACAUUUUAUAUGCUAAAAAUGUGAAAAUGUGAGUAGCCUAAUUUGAGCUCACUGUGUAGUGUAGGCAGUGAGCCAAGUAUGUUGAUAUAAACAGACCUUCUGUCAUGGUGCAACUUCUGUGGUGACUUUUUUGUAACUGUGACACUAACACAUUUUGGUUUUGUUGCUUUUGAAAUAACAUGUUAGAUCUGUUUAAAAUUUAUGGUGUAAGAAAGAUCUAUUCAUAUUGGAGCAUUUUAAGGUUUUUAUAUUAAAUGUGUAUAUAUAUAUGGCAUAUACCUUCACAUAAAGUUAAUGAACAUGUGUUUAAUCAACUUGUAUUUUAUAGCACAGUUCUACUACAUUUACAUUUAUCUCUGUUUUUGUUGAAACAAAAAUAAAAUAAAAAAAUCAUAAAUUG